AUGAUUAAAAAGUAUGAUAAUCUUUCACAAACACAAUUAUCUUCAUAUAUCAACUAUCCACCUGAAAAACAAAAGGAAGUUGUUUAUGCUUGUUUUAAUGCAGCAAAAAAUAAGUCAACAAAAGGUAGACGAUAUACAGUUACAUGGAUUUAUGAAUGUCUUUUAAUGCGAAUAAAAUCACCAAAACUGUACCGUAAAACACGAAAAGAUAAUACACUGCCAUUACCAUCAUAUACAACUUUGCAAAGAUAUAUUAAAAAAAUUCAUCCAGUAUAUGGUUUUUCGGAAGCCGCAUUUGAGGUGAUGGGAUUAAAAACAAAAGAUAUGUCUGAAAUGGAACGACACGGUUGCUUACUUCUUGACAAAAUGAAACUUUCUGAAACACCAUCUUUUCAAAGAAGUAACCUCUAUGUUGAGGGUUUUGUAGAUCUAGGAAAAUACAGCACAGAAAAUGACAAAACAAAGCUUGGAGAUCAUGCACUCCUGUUGUUAUAUCAACCAUUUUGUGGUAAAUGGUAUCAGACAGUUGGCAUUUUUUUGAGUACAGGUGCAGUAUCAGGACACAUCCUUGAAAAGAUAAUAACGGAAGCAGUAAUAUUGCUGGAAAAUCAAAAUAUCCAUGUUGAUUGCAUAACAGAUGGCCGAUGGGCCAACUUGGAAUCGUAGCAUGGGGAAACUUUUUGGAAUUUCUGAAAAAUCAUCCAGUUAUCUUAUCUUGACCAACAUGAUGAUAUGAAAAUAAGUGCUUCAAAAAAGUUAACAGCAUCAACAAUCACAGGUUUACAGGUUACAAAUAAAACAGCACUUGAAUUAGUAGAAUACUUAUCACAUAAAGUUGGGUUUAAAUAAUUUUUAAUGAGACAUAUGAAUCAGGAUACUCUAGAGAUAAUAAUAAUUAUAAAAUACAAGAUAAAAUCUUGAUAAUAUUAUAGCCAAAAACUUACAUUAUUAUAAAUAAUUA